GGCUCAGCCAUAACUGCUGUUGCUUCCUGCCAUAAGAGAGAGAGAAUAGAGGGGCAAAGUACGGCUAAGACACAGCGUCCAGGCUCAAGCUUGAGGUAUAUUAAACUCUCCUUUUAAUCGAGGCCCAAAUCAGAGCCAUUUCUGUAACACUUCGUUACAGUUUGAACGCCAGUGGAGACAGAGAGAGAAUCAACACGCAAAAAGAAAAUGAUGAGAGUGGUGUUCUUCGUCUUCUUCGUUCUGGCGGUCAUGGCGGACAAAGGGAAAAUAGAAGUGCAAUCGGGCAAAGUUACAUUGACAUGUCCGGGAGGAUCCAAAGAAUGGGGGUCAAAAUCGCAACCCAUAAGUAACCCUGGCAACGACGAAUAUUCAUUUACAUAUAAGGGAGACAAAAAGGACGUGAUUUAUUACUGUAUCAAUAGUACAGGUGAAAAAAACAUGUUUUAUUUUAGUGGAAAGGGCUGUAUAGAUUGCUAUGAGCUGGACGGGAUUCGGCUGCUGGCCAUCAUAGGUGGGGACUUACUAGUGACUGGGGGAGUUAUCCUGUUUGCCUACCGCCGAGCUCAGAGGAAGUCGGAGCCCCCCCCUGCAGCAGCUGCUAACCACCAGAGCGCCUCAACAGAGCCGGAAUCAAACUAUGAGGAUCUAAGCCCAAGAACCAGAGACAAUGCAACUUACACUGGGGUGCACAGGACGGGAUAGACGCCCAGUGUGCUCUGAAAUCUCCUCACCAACCAUCUGAGGCCUUCUUGGUCCAGACGUCACCUCCACCUUGAAGCUGGCUGAGAUCUUUGAAACAUCUGCAUGCUUUUUCAUACAUCUUUUAUAUCUUGCAGUUUUUGAUACAAAUAAAAGCUUAUAUCUUUUUGUUUAAAAGCAUUUCAAUUCAAAAUAAAACUGUUACAUUUUGCCAAAAAAUAAAAAUAUAUUGGAAUUUGCUUAAUGUGAA